UUAAAACGCCCGGCCAGUGGCUGCCCUCCCCCCUCUCUUUCUCUCCUCCGCCCGCGCCCGGGGAACCAGCGACCCCUCCCCCUUCACCUGGCCUCCGGAUCCAGAGCGGAGUUCGUGUCCGGGCGCUAGGGAGACGACCGAUCCAGUCCAGGCGCGACGAUGGGGAAGGCGGCGGCGGUGGCCACGGCGGUGGUGGUGUGCGCGGCGGUCGGCACGGCCGUGGUGCUCGGCCGGCGCCGGCGCCGCAGGGACGCGGAGCUGCUCGGCGCGGCCGAGGCCGAGAGGAAGCGCAAGGUGGCGGCCGUCAUCGAGGACGUCGAGCGCACGCUCGCCACGCCCACGGCCCUGCUGCGGGGCAUCUCCGACGCGCUCGUCCUCGAGAUGGAGCGCGGCCUGCGCGGGGACAUCCACUCCCAGCUCAAGAUGCUCAUCAGCUACGUCGACCAGCUCCCCACCGGAGACGAACAUGGCUUGUUUUAUGCAUUGGAUCUUGGAGGUACCAACUUCCGUGUUCUGCGAGUCCAACUUGGAGGAAGGGAGAAACGUGUUGCCAAGCAACAGUAUCAGGAAGUCUCUAUUCCACCACACCUGAUGGUCGGAACUUCCUUGGAACUAUUUGAUUUCAUUGCUUCUGUAUUGGCCAAAUUUAUUGAAACUGAAGGUGACGAGUUCCACCUCCCAGUGGGGAGGCAGAGAGAGCUGGGUUUCACCUUUUCCUUUCCGGUAAACCAAUUAUCAAUAUCAUCAGGAACACUCAUCAAGUGGACAAAGGGCUUUUCAAUCAACGGCGCGGUUGGUGAGGAUGUUGUGGCUGAGUUGAGCAAGGCCAUGGAGAGGCGGGGGCUGGAUAUGAAAGUUUCAGCACUGGUUAAUGACACAGUCGGCACAUUGGCUGGUGGGAGAUAUAUGGAUAAUGAUGUGGUUGCUGCCAUAAUAUUGGGCACUGGUACAAAUGCAGCAUAUGUUGAGCAUGCUAAUGCAAUUCCUAAGUGGACUGGACUACUGCCGAAAUCCGGAAAUAUGGUAAUCAACACGGAAUGGGGAAGCUUUAAAUCGGACAAGCUUCCACUUUCAGAAUACGACAAAGCAUUGGACUUCGAAAGUUUGAACCCUGGAGAACAGAUAUAUGAAAAGUUGAUUUCCGGCAUGUAUCUUGGAGAGAUUGUGCGAAGAAUCUUACUGAAAUUGGCUCAUGAUGCUGCAUUAUUUGGGGAUGUUGUUCCAGCUAAGCUGGAACUGCCAUUCGUACUUAGGACCCCAGAUAUGUCUGCCAUGCACCAUGAUGCAUCACAUGACCUUAAAAUUCUGGGAAGUAAGCUAAAGGAUAUCGUUGGGGUUGCGGAUACUUCCCUGGAAGUAAGAUACAUUACUCGUCACAUAUGUGACAUCGUUGCAGAGCGCGGCGCACGCUUGGCCGCUGCUGGCAUAUAUGGCAUCCUGAAGAAGCUAGGCCGGGACAAGGUGCCAACCGACGGCAGCCCGAUGCCAAGGACCGUGGUUGCCUUGGACGGUGGGCUCUAUGAGCACUACAAGAAGUUCAGCAGCUGCUUAGAGGCAACUCUUUCAGAUCUCCUCGGGGACGAGGCCUCUUCUUCGCUGGUUGCCAAGCUGGCCAAUGACGGCUCUGGCAUUGGAGCUGCUCUCCUCGCCGCUUCGCACUCCCAGUACGCUGAUAUCUACUAGUCUUCUUGGUAACGAGCCCGAUGGAUGGAUUGAACCCAGAGUGUAGCAGCCUCUUCUCUUCCUUUUUUUUUUCUUUUCUUUUCCCUUCGAACCUUCCUAAUCGCCUGGUGGUGGAAUUUUACCUUCUUCGGCUAUUCUGCGGACACUCUCCGGUGCGUCUGCAGCGGGAUGUAGCUAGCAUAGCGCCAAAGAGCUUGGAGGUUUAUCUAAUGGCAUAAAAGUUUCAGUGGCAGGAACAUAUGGAGAUGGAGGUUUGGACAAUGCCAUUCCUGUUCUGCCGAUUCUUUUUCCCCUUGUCUGGUGGUGUUUUGUAAUCCAUAACAUUUUGUUAAUCCUUUUUUUUGUAUUUUCUCCUCCCAAUAAAGAUGGGGAUCGACAUCAUCCAAUUUAACCA